GUGGGGGCGCCCCGCAUGGACGCCCCGUGGGGACCCCCCCGGAGCCCCCGCGGGGGUGGCGGCACCCGCGGUCCUCCGGCCACCAGGGGGAGCAGACGAGAGGGCGGCGCAGAGCGGCCGGAAGUGCCGGCGCACGUGGCCGCACCCGGAAGCGGCAGCGGGCGGGCGGCGAUGAGCGGCGGGGCAGGGGCGGCGGCGGCGGCCGGGGCCGGGGCCGGGGCCAGCUCCGGUUCCGGUUCCGGUUCCGAGCGGCGGGUCCGCAUCGUGGUGGAGUACUGCGAGCCCUGCGGCUUCGAGCCCACGUACCAGGAGCUGGCGAGCGCCGUGAAGGAGGAGUACCCCGACAUCGAGAUCGAGUCCCGCCUGGGGGGCACCGGUGCCUUUGAGAUCGAGAUCAACGGGCAGCUGGUCUUCUCCAAGCUGGAGAACGGAGGCUUUCCCUACGAGAAGGACCUGAUCGAGGCGAUCCGCAGAGCCCGCGAUGGGGAGCCCCUGGAGAAGAUCACCAACAGCCGCCCCCCCUGCGUCAUCCUGUAGCCCUGCGCCCGCCGGGGGGGUGUCGCUCCACCCCCCCCCCCCCCACGCCGCGUUAACCGGACGGCUCCCGUCCCCUCGGCGCCCCCCGUGCCUCGCUGGCCCCCUCCUUCGUUAGCUUCCUGCGCCGUCGGGGGGAACGGGGGAGCGUAAGGAGCGCCCCGGGGGGGGCCAUCACGGCAGCGGUGCCACCAGGAGCGCCCCGGGGGGGGCCACCACGGCACCGGUGCCACCAGGAGCGCCCCGGGGGGGGC